AUGCCGUUCUCGCUCGCAACAGCAACCCUCGCCGUAGCGGCGGUGUUUGCCCUCAAGUUCCUCGGGACCUGCGUCUACAACGUCUUCUUCCACCCGCUGCGCCGGUACCCGGGCCCGCUGCUCUGGCGGGCGACGCGGAUCCCCAAGCAGCUGGCCUGGCUGACGGGCGACUUCGGGCGCCGCAGCGACGAGCUGCACGCGCGCUACGGCGCCGUCGUGCGCAUCGCCCCCGGCGAGCUGUCCUACAUCAAUGCCCAGUGCUGGCGCGACGUCUUCGGGCGCCAGCCCGCCGGCCGCCGCGAGAUGGGCAAGGACACGACUUUCUUCGGCGAUCCCCAGGCGGCCGCCCAGAACCUCGUGAGCGCACCGUACGAGGACCACGCGCGCAUGCGCCGGCUGUUCUCGCAUGCCUUCAGUAACUCGGCAUUGGUGGCGCAGGAGCCGCUACUUGCGCAGUACGCGAACCAGAUGGCGCUCAAGAUGGGCGAGGUGAAUCGGCGGGAUGGGCGGAUCGACAUCGUGGACUUCUUCAACUUCACCACGUUCGACAUCAUGGCGGAGCUGGCAUUUGGCGAGCCGCUAGGCAUGCUGGAGAAGGCCGACUACGUGCCGUGGGUGCGCAUCAUCUUCGAUGGGCUCAAGUACGUCGUCUUCCGGGCCGUGCUGCUCGACGUGCCGGUGCUGGGCCCGCUGCUCAACUGGCUGACGGCGUCGACGCUGCGGGCAAAGGCCCAGGAGCACUUCCGCUUCGCGUCCAACCUGGUCGACAAGCGCCUGAGCUACACGGACCACAACAAGCCCGAUCUGUGGAGCUUCGUCCUCCGGCACAACGAGGACGGCAAGGGGCUGACGCCCAGCGAGAUGCACGCCAAUGCCUCCAUGUUCAUGGUGGCCGGCACCGAGACGACGGCAACGAACCUCUCCGGCGUGAUAUACUAUCUCGGCAGGAACCCGCCAGUCUACCGGAAGCUCGUGGACGAGAUCCGUGCCACCUUCAAAACGAGCGACGAGAUAACCCUAGGGCCCCUGGCCGAGAUGGAGUACCUCAAUGCCGUCGUCAAGGAGGGCCUCCGCAUCUACGUCCCGGGCGGGGGAGGGCUGAUACGCAUCGUUCCCCCUGGGGGGGCCGAGAUCUGUGGCGAGUACGUGCCGGGCGGCACAUCGGUGACGAUGAAUCACUACGUAGCAUACCGGCACCCAUCCAACUUCUCACGCCCGAAAGAAUUCAUACCCGAGCGGUGGCUCUACCCGGACGACCCUCGAUUUGCAUCCGACAAGAGGGAGGUGUACGAGCCAUUCUCGUACGGGCCUAGAAACUGCAUCGGGAAAAACCUGGCUCAGCUCGAGCUGCGACUACUUCUGGCAAAGACAUUGUGGCACUACGACAUUGAGGUAUUACCAGAGAGUAAAGGAUGGAUGUCCCAGAAGACCUACUUGACUUGGGAAAAGGGGCCUUUGUUCGUGAAACUUCAACCAGUCGAGCGAUAG